GAGCGGGCAGAGAACGGGCAGAGAGCGGGCAGGGAGCGGGCAGGGAGCGGGCAGGGAGCGGGCAGGGACACGGAGCCGCUGGAGCGAGUCCAGACGAUCCCCGGAGCUGCUGCAGGGCUGGAGCCCCUCUGCUCUGGAGCCAGGCUGGGAGAGCUGGGAAUGUUCCCCUGGAGAGGAGAAGGCUCCAGGGAGAGCUCAGAGCCCCUGGCAGGGCCUGAAGGGGCUCCAGGAGAGCUGCAGAGGGACUGGGGACAAGGGCUGGAGGGACAGGACACAGGGAAUGGCUCCCACUGCCAGAGGGCAGGGCUGGGGGGCAGAUUGGGAAGGGAUUCCUGGCUGGGAGGAUGGGGAGGGGCUGGGCUGGGAUUCCCAGAGCAGCUGUGGCUGCCCCUGGAUCCCUGGCAGUGCCCAAGGCCAGGCUGGACAGGGUUUGGAGCAGCCUGGGACAUGGCAGGGGUUGGUAAGGAAUGGGAUUUAUCUCCAUUCCAAACCACUCCAGGAUGAUUCCAUGCUGGAUCAGCUGUGCCCUCCCUUCAGUGUCCCAGAGUCCCAGAGUUGUUGGCUGGGAAGGACCCAUCCAGUCCCAGCCCCUGCCUCGGACCGGGAACCUUCCCCUGCCAGGUCAGGUCGGGGUCUGGCUGUGGGAACGGCUCCAGGGCAAACCCGUGGCUGUUCCGGAAUGAGGAGGGACAGCACAACCCUGGGAAGGGCAAAUAAACCCAGAGUCAGAUUUAUGAGUGGGGAUUUUCCCUGGCUCAGGGCUCAGGGUUUGGGGCGGGAUUUACUCCCCUUCUUGUCAGAGGUGGCAGAUGUCCUGGGAAUCACAGCUUCCCGAGGAAAACUCACUGAAUUUUCCCUUUUUUGUUCCCAAGAGGGCCUCCAAGGGUUUUGUGGCUUUUUUGGAGCCUGCUCAAGGAUGGCAGGAUGGCCUAAAAAUGAAAUUUAAAUAUGUUACAUUUUUUUGGAACUCUUUCUCUUGCUCUUAAAUCCUAGGUGGGAUACAUGAGGAAAUGGGAAUAACUGGAAGGAGCUGGGAGGAAUUCAGAAGAAAUUGAAGAAUUUGGAGGGGAAGCUGGGAAGGAACAGGGAAGAAUUUUAGGAGGAAUUGUAGAAUUUAAAGGGAAUUUGCAAGGAACGGGUGACAGUUUGGAAGGAACUGGGAAAGACUUGGAGGGAAGGCAUUAAUCCCUGGGGAUGUGUUGGAAUCCCUGGGGAUGUGUUGGAAUCCCCAUCCCUGGAGGUUCUUGGGGUGAGCCUGGAUGUGGUGCAGGAGAAUCCUUUCCAUGGAAAGAAAAGGACCUGGCUGGAGCUGGAAUGUCCCAGGGCCAGGUGUGGGGCUGUGCUGCAGGGCAGUGACCGACACGUUCCUCCUGGGGACUUCCAGAGGUGACCGCCACACUGUCCCCACUGCCCUGGGCCGGGCUCCUGGCCAGAUCCACCCCCCUGGAAUGUCCCGCUGUCCCAGCCCCUGGAACGCCCAUGGCAGCUCCCAUAAAAGCGCUGCCGGCCCGGUGGGAAGCAGGAUCCGGGAUCCAGGAGCCGGGAUGGGGCCGUGCCGAGCGCUGCCACCGCUGCUGCUGCUGCUGGGGCUGGGGCUGGCCGGAGCCUCCACCCCGGGGCCGCGGGAUGGAGCCACGGUGGGCUGGGAUGGAGCCACGGCGGGAGGGGACGGAACCACAGCGGCCUCACCGGGGCUCCUGAGCUACGAGGACGCGGUGGCGGCGGCCGUGGAGGUGCUCAACACCAGGGCCGGCAACCCCUACGUGCUGCGGCUCCGCGAGGCUCAGCCCCGGCCCGGCUGGCCCUCGGACCUGCAGAGCCGGCAGGAGCUGAGCUUCACCCUGGAGGAAACCACGUGCCGGGCACCGGGAACGGCCACCGGCGACUGCAAGAGCCGCUGGCUCGGGGCGCUGACCUGGUGCCAGGGCUCCGUUUUCCUGGAGGGGCAGCAGCCCACGGUGGAGCUCUCCUGCGAGAAGGGUCCGGCCACGUUCGGCCCGAUCUGGAAAUCCAAGAUCAAGGAUUUCUUUGGCAAGAUCAAGCAGCGUUUCCGGGGGUUCUUCCAGUGCGGCCGGAUUUGGAUCCGGGACAGGCUCAACAUCAAGGCACCCAAACCCUGAGGGGUGGCACUGCCGUGUCCCCUCCCUGUGUCCCCUCCCUCUGUCCCCUCCCUGUGUCCUCAUCCUGUGUCCCCACCCUGUGUCCCCACCCUGUGUCCCCUCCCAGCUGCUUCACUGCCAAUAAA